UGUCAACUGAACAGAAGAACAUGGCUUCAUCCUUUCUCAUCUUCCUCUUCAUCAGCCUCCACACAGCAGAUGGAUUCUUGUAUUCUUCGAUGGACCGUUGUGGCUUUAACUCCAGUGAUCUGGAGGACAUGGAGUAUAUCAGGUCUUUAUAUUUCAACAAAGACGAGUUAGUCAGAUUCAGCAGCAGUUUGGGGAAGUUUGUUGGAUUCACAGAGUACGGAAUAAAGCAGGCAGAGUACUGGAACAGUCAGCCUUCAUAUCUGGCUCAGAUGAGGGCUCAGAAGGAGAGGUACUGUCAACACAACAUCGAGAUCUAUUACAGCAACAUUCUGACUAAAUCAGCCGAGCCGUACGUCAGACUGAGAUCAGUGACUCCCUCCAGUAGAAACCAUCCCGCCAUGCUGGUCUGCAGCGUCUACGACUUCUACCCCAAACUGAUCCGAGUCAUCUGGCUCAGAGACGGACAGGAAGUCACCUCUGUCACUUCCACUGACAAGCUGGCAGACGGAGACUGGUACUACCAGGUCCACUCCCACCUGGAGUACACGCCCAGGUCUGGAGAGAAGAUCUCCUGUGUGGUGGAGCACGCCAGUCUGAAAGAACCUCUGGUCAUUGACUGGGACCCGUCCAUGCCUGAGUCUGACAGAAACAAGUUUGCCAUCGGAGCCUCAGGACUGAUCCUGGGUCUGGUCUUAUCUCUGGCUGGAUUCAUGUACUCCAAGAGGAAGUCCCAAGGAUGGAUCCUGGCCCUGGUCCUUGUCCUGAUCCUGAUCCUGGUCCUGAUCCUGGACCUGAUCCUGGUCCUGGUCCUGUAUCUGCCUCUUAAACCUGCUUCGCGUGUUUCCGGCUCAGUAGGCCACCUGCUGGACUAGCUCAACACCUGAUCCUGGUCCUGAUCCUGGUCCUGAUCCUGAUCCUGGACCUGAUCCUUGUCCUGAUCUUGAUCCUGAUCCUGGACCUGGUCCUGUAUCUGCCUCUUCAACCUAAUUCCUGUGUUUUCGGCUCAGUAGACCUGCUGGACCAGCUCAACACCUGAUCCUGUAGUGAUCUGGACUCUGAUACAGCUGGUCUGAUCCUGAUCCAGGACUGCCUCUCCCAGUCCAGGAACAGGUUUAGUCUGGACCUGGACUCUUCUUGUGAUUUGAUGCCACUAACCCUGCGCUCUGCUUUAACAACAUAAAUCAUUUAUUUCCAUAUUUUGUCUUUCAGUUUGUUAGAUUUGAAUAUUUCUACUGGAGUGAAAUAUUUUAUCGAUAAUAAACCAGAAA